AUGUGCAAGGCCGGUUUCGCCGGUGACGACGCUCCCCGUGCUGUCUUCCCCUCGAUUGUUGGUCGUCCCAGACACCAAGGUAUCAUGGUGGGUAUGGGUCAAAAGGACUCGUACGUCGGUGACGAAGCUCAAUCCAAGAGAGGUAUCUUGACCCUUAGAUACCCCAUUGAACACGGUAUCGUUACCAACUGGGAUGACAUGGAAAAGAUCUGGCACCACACCUUCUACAACGAAUUGAGAGUGGCUCCCGAAGAACACCCCGUUUUGUUGACCGAAGCUCCCAUGAACCCCAAGACUAACAGAGAGAAGAUGACUCAAAUCAUGUUCGAAACUUUCAACGUCCCCGCGUUCUACGUCUCGAUUCAAGCUGUGCUUUCGUUGUACUCCUCGGGUAGAACUACCGGUAUCGUUUUGGACUCGGGUGAUGGUGUUACCCACGUUGUUCCUAUCUACGCCGGUUUCUCGUUGCCUCACGGUAUUUCGAGAUUGGACUUGGCCGGUAGAGACUUGACUGGCUACCUCAUGAAGAUCCUCUCGGAACGUGGUUACACUUUCUCCACCACCGCUGAACGUGAAAUCGUUCGUGACAUUAAGGAAAAGUUGUGUUACGUCGCUUUGGACUUCGAACAAGAAAUGCAAACUUCGUCGCAAUCUUCGGCCAUUGAAAAGUCGUACGAAUUGCCCGAUGGUCAAGUCAUCACCAUUGGUAACGAACGUUUCAGAGCUGCUGAAGCCUUGUUCAGACCUGCUGACUUGGGUAUGGAAUCGGCCGGUAUCGACCAAUUGACCUACAACUCCAUCAUGAAGUGUGACUUGGAUGUCAGAAAGGAAUUGUACAACAACAUCGUUAUGUCUGGUGGUACCACUAUGUUCCCUGGUAUUGCCGAACGUAUGCAAAAGGAAAUCACUUCGUUGGCUCCCUCGUCGAUGAAGGUGAAGAUCAUUGCUCCCCCCGAAAGAAAGUACUCGGUCUGGAUUGGUGGUUCGAUUUUGGCUUCGUUGUCCACUUUCCAACAAAUGUGGAUCUCCAAGCAAGAAUACGACGAAUCGGGGCCCUCGAUCGUUCACCACAAGUGUUUCUAA